AUGGCCGACAAGUUCAUCACCGCCCACGUCGGGGCUAAGAAGGCGGAGGCUAGGGUGAAUGAUAUAUUCGUUAUUAGGCAAUCACCUAGCGAAGGGCUCACGGACUUCUUCGCUCAGUUUUACAGAGUAAGAAUGAGCUUACCAAAUAUAUCAGAAGGGGUGGCGGUGGCAGCUUUCCAAAGUGGGUUGAAUAGGAAUGGGUUGAGAGCGACCAGAAAGUUACUAAGCAGGCUCAUUAAAUACCCUCCCACCACUUGGGAAGAAAUUCACAACGCCUACUACGCUGAGGUGAGAGCAGACGAGGAUGACCUUAACGGUCCAACCCAGCGGUUGACGUCGAUCCAAACAAAGUUGAGGAAAGACCAUCGUAAUGACGAUCGAAGAGACCAGUCAGGUCCACGCCUUAAUCUAGAUAGACAUCAUCCAUAUGUCAAAGCAGCCAACCCAUCAUCCCCUCUACAUAUGAAACAUCCGUCCAGGCCGCAAACAGGGACUCAGCGAAAUGAAAGAGGUAUGCCUCCACUCUUAUCUACUCACAAUUUUUUUGUUUCCCCUUUAGAAAUAGUGUACGCACUAGAGAAACUCGGCCCAAAGGUGAAAUGGCUACAGAAGAUGAAAUCCGACCCAAAUACCAGAAAGUCGAAUGUCCUCUGUGAGUUCCAUAAGGAGCGGGGCCACAAGACUGAGGAAUGCAUAGCCCUACGGAAAGAAGUAGUGAACAUGCUUCACCAAGGGCACCUGAGGGAGCUAAUGAGCGACCGAGGACGAGCCAACUUCGGCCCCGGACGAGAAAAACCCCAAGGCCCUCCAAAGCCACCCUCCCCCGCCCGCACCAUUCAAAUGAUCAUCAGUUGGGGAGAUGAAGAAGCAAUCAACCAUGUAAAGUUUACCACCACACAUAAACUGAAGUGA